UCUGGCUUGGAUCGUACGUGAGACUCACGUAAAUGGCUACUGUUCCCGCUCGUAGAUGUCGUGUGUGCAAAAACAUAUACUUGUGGCUUGCGUACGACAUGAUGUUCGGCCGACUGCUACCACGCAACCUCUACUCAACCUAAAGCUCUACAUUCAAUAUUGGUGAUCGACAUGUCAUCCAAGAACAAGCGUGUAGCCGUCAUUGGCGCGGGCAUCUCGGGUGUCGUUACCGCAGCACAUCUCAAGAACGAAGGUCUGGAUGUCACUAUCUUCGAGCGCUCAAGUGCUGCAGGCGGUAUCUGGCUCUACGACGAGCGAAAACCACUCGAACCUGCAUACUCAUCAAUCCCAUUGUCAAAAGCUGGGAGUGCGUACACUAAAGAAGAGGUCGAUGACUUGGAGGUAGAAAGAUUACUGCACGCUCCACCUGGACCCUGUUACGUUGGACUCAAGAACAAUGUAGCCACGCCUCUACUUGAGACCACCUUGAACAAGUUUCCGCCUGGGACAGAAGAUUUCGUCUCCCACAGCGUACUGAAAGACUACAUCCAAAACACUGCUGUCAAAACAGAAGUUGCUGAUGUGACCCACUACAACACUGAGGUGCAAAAUGUGUCGAAGGUUGGUGACAAGUGGGCCGUUCAGACCACGACGUUGCAAACACGUGACGAUGGAAGUCAGACUCGGAACAGCACCACAACUGAUUUUGAUGCUGUAGUCGUAGCAUCCGGCCACUACCACACCCCCCGGGUACCGGAUAUCCCUGGGCUUUCAGACUGGAAGCGGGCCUACCCAGGCCGUGUACAGCACUCGAAAAGCUACCGCAAACCCGAAGACUAUCACGGCAAAAACUUCCUCCUGAUCGGCGGCUCCGUCUCCGCCACCGACAUCGCGCGGGAACUCGGUCCCUCCGCGCACACCAUCUACCAGUCGCACCGUAACGGCGCCUUCGACCUAUCCGCCGCGCUGCUCCCGGAAAACGCAAUCCGCGUCGACGAGGUGGUAUCCUUCUCGCUCCCCAUCUCCUCCCCCGCUUCCCUCGCCCCAUCUGACCCCAUCCCGCUCACCCUCACGCUCAAAUCCGGCGCCACCCUGUGCGACAUCCACCACGUCAUCCUCUGCACAGGGUAUCACCUCACACUGCCCUUCCUGUCGCAGUACCAUGCUGACAGCACGCCCGUGGACGAGGCUGACGAGGAGGUGCUCGUCACCGACGGCACUAUGUUCCACAAUCUGCACCGCGAUAUCUUCUACAUCCCGGACCCGUCGCUGGCCUUCGUCGGUGUGCCCUUCUUCACUGCGACGUUCACGCUGUUCGAAUUCCAGGCCAUGGUCGUGGCGCGCGUUUUCAGCGGCGCCGUGGGGGUGCCGGAGCGGGAUGCGAUGAGGCGCGAGUAUGUGGAGAAGCUUAAGGCGCGGGGGACGGGGAAGAAGUUUCAUAGUCUGAGGGAUGAGGAGGAGAAGUAUGUGGAUGGACUGGUGGAGUGGGUGAAUGGCGGGAAUGGGGAAGCGCUACGCGGGCAUACUGAGGGGUGGAAGAAGGCAAGGCAAGAAAUGGUGAAGAGAAUUCAGGCGUUGUUUGCGGCGCCGAGAGGGCCGGAAAGGCCGAUUGUGGUUUCCUGUCAGGGUGGGGUGCUGGGUCAGCUGGGACGAGAGGUUGCGGGUGAGGGCGCGUUGGUGCCAGUGGCCGCGUAGAGCGGGGGUCAUGUUGUGGAAAGGUUCGAUAACCAUACAAAAAUAGUCAAUCAAUUUGCU